UGAAACGUAAACAUCAAUUUUUGAUGUUUCGUUAAAAUCUUUGUGCGAAUAGGAAGAAAUUUAUAUUUGCUUGUAUUACAUGCAAAAUAUGGUGUACUUACAUUUUCCAUCAAAUUUAACGGAAGAAGAAUUGAUGCUGCAAGCAAAGUAUAACAAACUUAAAAGAAAGAAAAAGGCAUUGCAAGAUUUAAAAGCGCCAAAACAAGAAGUUGAACGCGUUCCACAAACGCCAAAACGACCAACAGAAGCAAGAGAUGCUAGAGAAGUUGCUAAAAAACUGAUAAAAUCUGGAGUAAUUACUGCUCCCAAAACUCCCAAAAGACCAGAGCAAUCAUUUAAAAGACCACGUGGAUUAGUAAGAAAAUUAAACAGCACAGAAAAAACAAUAAGUUCUUAUCAACCUUUCUCAGCCACACAGAUGGAGGAAGAAGAAAUAGAAACUGUGAGGCCAAGGGUUAAAGAUUUGUAUGACAGUUUUGUGAGUGCUCAAGAUCCAGAAGAUCGUACUAGUGGAGAUGCACAGUCUCCAUCUAAACAAGAAAUAAAACCACGUUCUGGAAACACGAUAUUUGUGUGUGGCUAUAAAAUAUCAGAAGACUUUUUGAAAAAGCAUUUUCAGACAUUUGGAAAUAUUAUAAACAUUUCAAUGGAAGCAGAAAAGAAUCGUGGAUUCGUGACAUUUGACAAAGCGGAAGCCGCUGAAAGGGCGAUAAGUGAAAUGGAUGGCAGUAUGGUAUCUUCCAUUCAGUUGAAAGUAUCGUUAGCACGAAGACAACCUAUAAUAGAACCUGUGAACGACGUCACGUCUAGUUCUAUGUGGUCACCAAUCGCAGCGAACUAUUCUCAGAAAAGUGCACACAAAGAUAGGAGAGAUCUGAGAGUGUACGAGGAAGAUCUUUUUAUGUGAACGCAAUAUUUUUUUUUUUAAUUUUUUCUUGUUCUUUUAGAGUAUGUUAUUGUUAUAGGGUUACAAUA